GUAAAUGUGGUUAAUCCUGCCAUGGAUAAAGCGUUGUUGCUCCUGGAGGAGUUUGCUGUUGAUGCACAAAGUGGAAAAGUCUCUAAAGAUAGAUUACGGUUUGGUGCUCCUUGGAGGCAUCCCCCCAAAACAGAUAUCCAAUCAUGGGCUAAAAUUCAGCUAAUGGACUUUGUUCAGUCUCUAGUUGGUGCAGAAUUUGGGGUUAACUAUCUUGCUGAUUGUAGCCUUGAGUUCUUCGAUGAUCCUGCUGCCAUUGCGCUGCUAGAGGUUGGUUUGUUGUAUACCCAACGAGACCCAUCCUUUAUUCGCCCCAUCAGCCGUGGCAUUCAGAGAUGCCUUGUUAGAUGGCUUGUUCAAGAACGGAUAGGUCUGAGCUUCAAGAGUUCCAUCCAGUACCACUGGCAGCGGAUUAUACGAGGCCGAAGCUAUCGCCAUUUGUUGUUACAAGAAGGAUACAAGUAGUGGACAGCAGUUGGCCCUCAACAUGGAACGACUUCACUCUGUGCUGAUCGAACAAGCCACAGAUGCAAGUCAGACUACAAAUUUGUGGCUAUGCGAAUGUUCAGUUUACUUAGGACACAAAUUUCUGAAGACCCUUCAAAGAACUCGAGUUUGCGAUACCUUACUUUAGUAUACAACACUCUAAUCUGCCGAUUGAAAGCUGAUCUAUAGAGAAACACAUGUUCUAUUCAGAAUGAUUUAUAUGUAAAGAGGAAUUUAGUUACACUAUUCUGCCUUUCUUUGGUUUUACUUUUGACGUGUUUUGUUAUUUAAGUUUUUGUAAGAUAGAUAGAGAGAGAGAGAGAGAGAGAGAUAUGUCGUAUGCAGUUUUUUGCAAAUUUAUCAGUAUAUUUGGUUUUGUAAUUUAGUUAGGAAGAGACGAAUAAAAGUAAGGUAAAACAGCUUCUUGAAUUUUGUAUUUUACGAGAACUUAGGCAAAUGUUAUUCCUGAGACAGUUAGAAAAUGGAAACAAAUAGUUGUGUUUA